UGACGGCUGCAUAAUGUUUGAGAUCAGGAUAAGGUAUAAUUCCUGAGUUUGCAUAAUUCAAACAUAUAGCGAGUUAGUAAACAAAAGGAAAGGACAUUGAACUCCUUGCCAAGAUGUCGUUGCCAGCUGGAAAUGCAGUCGGCAAUUGGCUGCUCAUAUUGACAGCCAUAUUUGGAUUUCUAACCUUAAUAUGGAUUCCACAAGCCUCAGCUGAAUGUCAAACGCGUUCUAUAUACUGCUAUGAAUGUGAUUCCUGGACAGAUGCCAGAUGCAAGGAUCCUUUUAACUAUACGGCCCUGCCUCGAGAUCAACCUCCAUUGAUGACCUGCAACGGUUGCUGUGUGAAAAUGGUGCGACAUCAGAGAUCACCCUACGAAGUGGUUCGACGCAUGUGUACGUCACAGUUACAAAUCAAUUUAUUCAUGGUCGAUCACGUGUGCAUGAUGGAAAGUUCAGGCAAUGGACAUAUGUGCUUUUGUGAGGAAGAUAUGUGCAAUUCUAGUAAAAAUUUGUAUACAAAAAACGGUUACCAGCAUCUCAUAAACAUAAUGAUAAUAUGGCUAAUAGGCAUAUUGCUCAAUCAAUUAAGCAACAGAUAGAAAGUGAAACAACACACACACAGACACACAUACACCAUGCAAACACCACACAUACA